AGAAAGAAGGCGUCAGUAAAUCCUAAAGUGACAUUGGUUACAAGUUUGCCCACCCCUUGCCACCACCACCACCACCACCACCCCUCCCUGCUCAUAUAGAUAACCCAACUUUACCGAAGCAUGUGAACAAACACCUGUGGAAGAAGCUGCGCGAUAUAUACAUCUCUAGAAAACUCACUCAAUUCACGUUUGUUUGGUGAGCUAAGAGGAAGAGUUCCCCCGGAAAUGAGCAGCAGCAUGUCGGUCGACAGCGUGUUUAGGACCCGCUCUCUCGGUGUAGCCGCCGAGGGUCUGCCUGAUCAAUAUGCCGACGGCAAGGCAGCCAAAGUCUGGGAGCUGUACAUCGGGGACACGCAGAGCAGGACGCAGGAAUACAAGAGCUGGGUGGUGUCUCUGCUGAAGGAGCAGGGGGCGCGGUCCAUCCUGGAUGUGGCUUGCGGAACAGGAGUUGACUCCAUUAUGUUGGUGGAGGAGGGCUUUAACAUGGUGAGUGUGGAUGCCAGCGACAAAAUGCUCAAGUACGCCCUGAAGUCAAGAUGGGAGAGGAGAAAAGAGACAGCUUUUGACCAGUGGGUGAUUGAAGAAGCCAACUGGUUGACAUUAUCGGAAGAUAUUCAGAAACCUGGGGCUGGCUUUGAUGCUGUCAUCUGCCUUGGCAACUCAUUUGCCCAUUUACCAGACUUUAAAGGGGACCAGAGUGACCAAAGGUUGGCUCUACAGAACAUCGCUAGUAUGGUCAGACCGGGUGGGAUCCUCAUCAUUGACCACCGCAACUAUGACUACAUCCUGGAGACCGGACAGGCACCACAAGGCAAAAAUAUCUACUACAAGAGUGAUCUAACUCAGGACAUCGCCACCUCAGUGCUGUGGGUCAACAGUAAGCCCCAUAUGAUCACUCUGGACUACACCAUCCAAGUGCCAAAAGCAACCCUCCACAAUCUUCCUGAAGUCAGUAAAUUCCGUCUUUCCUAUUACCCUCAUUGCCUGGAAAGCUUCAAAACUUUGCUGAAAGACGCUUUCCAUGGCAAAUUGGAGCACAAUGUGUACGGGGAUUUCAAAACUUACACCCCUGGCCAGUCCCAGGCCCCGUGCUACUUCAUCCAUGUCUGCAAGAAGACCGCCUGAGAGCAAUACCCUCAGAGUUUCUGCAUGAACAAAAAGCACACUGCCAGGAAAAAGAAAGCUAUCCGUCUCUAUGUCUCAACAUUCUCUUUAAGUCCUCCAAAUUUUGGCAAAAUUAUGUUUGAAUAUUAUGUUUUAAAUGUUUUUCAAAAUUACUUGAAUAGGACAGGAAGCAAUAUUAGCCACAGAUGCUGGAAAAUACACAGAACUGCAUAAGAUUUUCAUAGAUGAUCUCUUUUUAUGUCACUUUAAAAAUCACCAAUUUUAAUAAAUACCAUCAAAGGCUUUUACAUGUGCCAAUAGUAUUCAGACUUCAGCGUCUGUGCCAAUAACUAGCUGUCUUUUUACAACAUAAGGAUUGUUUUUCAGUGACCUCUGAUGGAUUGGGCGGUAGAAAUUCAUACAUCUCCUUGUUUUUCUUUAAUAUAUAUUAAGUGCUAUGUACCUUAAAGAAGUCUUAAUUAUUUCAAAAGUAAAUUGGAGUUUGCGGGUCAACAGUGUUUGAAGUCAAAAGACAAAAUACAAGAAAUGUUUGUUUGACAUAUACUGUAUAUCUCAACAGGGUAUAUAUUCCAAAUGUCUUGGACCAUUGCUUCUCUCUUACCUUUCAUCUUAAGAAUGUGCUGCUUUUACGCUCAUUGUCCUCUCUGCUUUGCACCAAACCUUUCUGAAUUUUGAAAUUCACAAUUACCUUGAUUUUAAAAUUGGUGCUGUACAUUCAUGAAAUUCCCCAUGAUGGCACACUUGAUUUAAGUUUCCAGUAAAGCUCAAGGUGCCUUAGCACAUUCUUAGACAACAGUGUUUUUAAGUUUACAGCUCAAGUCUUAUGAACAUAUUCAAAGCAUCUGUAUUUUGUGAGUAUGGUCGUCGUUUCAGGCAAAUCUUUCACAUCUUAAUGGCGUGGUUGUGCCACUGGUCAAAAGGAAGUUCCUGGCUGUCAGUCCGAUUGUGAAUCCUAAACCUUGAAGUGUCCUGACUACCUCACCAAAUUCUUGUUUUUGAGCUCUCUGAAGCUGAACAUGGUACGUGGGAAUUUCUGCUUGAGAUUGCACCUGAGAGAGUCUCCAACCAUUUAAUAGAACUUUCCUUUUCUGUUCCUAUUUGAUGUAUGACUUCUGUUAUUUCUUCUUUUUUUUUGUUCCAGCCUUUUCAAAUAUGUCUUACUUUGAGCCAAAGUAGCCUUUCUGGUAAUUACCACGAAUUAAACUGUAACAGGCAAGUCCUCAGCUUAGGCCAUUAAAGAUAAGAAAAAACACACCUGCAUAUUGAAACUGAGAGAUUUGAUAAGUAUGUUAUAAACCAAAGAGAAUUUCAAAGAUCAUUGAGUGUCAGAACAAAGAAAUAUUAAGAGGGACAUAACAGAGAGAAAUUACUUGGCUAUGUUACCCAGCUUCAAACACGUUAUGCUCAAUUGCCAAAUAAGGAAUGUGUUAUUUUUUCCAUGGGAAGGAUGGAGAAUAAAUACUUUAAACACCCCUUCUGUUUGCCUUAAAGUUGUGACAUGCUUUCAAAUUUAAUGCAGUAGAAAAAACAGAGCACACAUUCGAAUGUGGUGGGGAUGGCUUAAUGAAAGGGAGGGUUUGAAAGUUUCUGUAGAGGUGAAAUUCAAUCAGAACCGAUGAUGAAAAAUUGCUUUUGAAACUCUGUCAUAAUAAACAAUACUUGCAAUAAGUGA